AUGGCGAUACGUUCGGAUGUACUGUAUUUGUUCUUUAUAUUGUUCAUUAUUCAAGGAAUUCCUUUGUUUGCGCAAAACUUGACACAAGAACGUGGUGUUCAUUUGGCUAAGUGGAAGUUCGACGAAUUUAAACCCUACCUCUCCAUUCUUGGGAUGCUCAUUUUCGUAAACCUGUUCAUGGUAUUCUACCCCAAGAUACCCUAUCUCCCCGACUACGUACCGCAGUCUCUAAUCCUCAUUCUCAUUGGUGCUGCUUUGAGCGCAGUUUUAAAGGCCCUGUCCGCCAACCUUAAUGACAGUCUCCUCGUCCUCAGCCCAGAACUCUUCUUUAACUUCCUCCUUCCACCUAUCGUACUUGACUCUUCCUAUGGCCUCUAUAACCGCACUUUCAGUGACUUUCUAGCUAGCAUUAUCAUUUACGCAGUCCUAGGUACUCUCUUAAACUUCUUUAUUAUUGCUCCGAUCAUGUAUGGUCUCCAAAGAGCUGGUGCUAUGGGACCAGAUCUCAUGGAAAUUUCACUCAACAAUCAAUUCCUAUUUUCGGCUGUCAUUGUAGCUGUUGAUCCAGUAGCAGUAUUGGCGAUAUUCCAAGAGACUGGAGUCAACCUCGGCCUCUACUACGUCGUUUUUGGGGAGUCACUCCUUAACGAUGCAGUAACAGUUGUGCUCUAUGAAAUUAUGUGCGAGUUUACCACUGAGGCUUCCAUCACACCCGCUAAUAUAGGCCUUGGUGUCGGCUCCUUUUUUACCAUUAGUUUAGGUGGAAUGCUCAUCGGCUUAUGGUUAGGAGCACUUUCAUGUAUCCUCACACGUUGGAAGUCGCAGUACGAAGCGGUCUUUUUGAUUUUUGUUGCAUAUCUUGCCUACUUUAUUACCAACUGUGUUGGUUGGUCGGGUAUUAUUGCAAUGAUUAACUGUGGUCUCAUUCAAGCUAGCUAUGCUUUUCACAACAUCUCUCACUCAUCUCUAGCCACUCUUGAGAUGGCUAUGAAACAGAUUGCUGAGAUAUCAGAGGCGGUUACGUUCUUUCUUCUCGGUUUUCAAAUUCUCAUCACAGAACUUCAGUGGUCCACAGGCUUUUGCCUAUGGGCAUUUGCGGUCUGUUCUUUCGCAAGAGCGGUUGUCGUAAUAGUUCUAACCGAAUUCAUCAACUUUUUUCGAAUCAACAACAUACGAAUAUACUUUCGUGAACAACUUAUUAUGAUUUAUGGUGGCUUAAGAGGUGCAGUUGCCUUCUCUCUUGCCUUUUUACUCAAAGAUUUGCAGGAUGUACCCGAAGAGGUGAAACGUUUAAUAAUAACCUGCGCUCUCUUCGUUAUUCUUGUUACGGUAGGCUUCCAAGGACUCACUAUGAGACCUCUGGUCCAUUUGGCGCGAAUAGAGUUGGAUGAGAUGAAGCAGUUGAGUAUAUUCACCGAUGUCACACUCCGUUUCAUUGAUCACACUCUUGCUGGCAUAGAAGCAAUUGUGGGAUCCUUGGGAAGAAAUCGCCUUCGUGAAACUAUCUUUCGUAUCGAUACCAAAUUCAUCCGCCGAGUGCUUCAACGCAGUCCACAAACUCCUGACGACAAAGUUGUGAAAAUCUACGAGCAAAUCGCCUUGAAACUCCAUUUGGCAACCGUGAACCCGGAAGCAAGUGCAGAGUACCUUCAUGAUCUUCCAUCAAGCCUGGUAAAGAAGUAUUUCCAAGAGGAGAUCGCAGCUAAUUCGGAGGUUCUGGAAUCUAAAGACGAAGAGGUUCCAUUCGGGGCGACAACUGCUUCACCACCAGAGAAGAGGGAACCUAGAAAGCAGCAGCUCCGAAGGAUUUCUCGUACUUCGGCUCAGCUUAGACGUAAUCCAGAAUUGAUUCGACCCGUUGGUAUGAUUUCAGAUCACGGUCCUAUAAAUGAAGACACAUUCAAGGAGAAAUAUGUUGCUCUUAUGCGCUUGAGGUCGAAGGAUUUGAAGCGGAGUGCAGUGGAUGAUAAAGUUGAGACGCGAAACGCUUCUGAAACGUCGUCGGAUUUAUAG